AUUUUACAUUUCCACUGGUGGUAUAGGAGUUCCAUUUCCUCCAUAUCUUCAGCAACAGUUGGUAUGGUCUGAUUUUAAAUUCUAACUAGGACCUUUAGUUGACAGAGCGCGGAGCCUACAGCAGCCUGAGGCCAAGCACUCCUGCUGGCUCCCACAGCCUGGCCUCCUUGCUGGCCGCCAGGCCGCGGAACCUCUCAGCCGGCGGGCCCCAGCGCGCGACAGCUCCUGGCGCGGCUGGACGCGCGCCCCCUGGCGGCGCGAGCUGCGGGCGACGUGGCGGCGCUGGUACGCAGGGCAGGUGCCACAUUGCGCCUGCGUCCCAAGGAGGCUGUUAGUGUGUUGGACUCUGCAGACAUAGAGGUCACAGACAGUCGCCUGCCUCAUGCCACUAUUGUGGAUCACCCGUCCCAGGUACCAACUCAUCCUUCUAUUAGAGGCCACCUGCCUCGGGGCAAUCUAUGUACACCUAUGUCCUUUAUUCCAGCACCGUCGGUUAGAGACAUGUAACAAGCCUCCCCAAGUGAUCCAGGGUAAGGCACGUAGUGCUCCAAAGCCCUCCCAGGCCUCUGGUCACUUCUCUGUGGAGCUGGUCCGCGGUCACGCAGGCUUUGGCCUCACCUUAGGUGGGGGCCGGGAUGUGGUUGGGGAUGCUCCGCUGUCCGUGCGCGGGCUGCUGAAGAAUGGCCCGGCACAGCGCUGUGGUCGUUUGGAGGUCGGGGACCUCGUGCUUCACAUCAAUGGAGAGUCAACGCAGGGCCUCACCCAUGCCCAGGCUGUGGAGCGGAUCCGAGCUGGAGGCCCCCAGCUCCACCUGGUGCUUCAUCGGCCUCUAGAGACCCACCCUGGCAAGCCUCAAGGGGUGGGAGAGCCCCAAAAAGGAGUUGAUCGCAGCCCAGAUCCUGGAGGGCCGGAGGCGAUGGGGUCUCGCAGCAGCAGCACUUCCCCAGUUCAGCACCUUCCAUCCCGGACGACACUCAAGAAGACCCGGGGCAGCCCGGAGCCUAGACCAGAGGCAGCCGCCGGUGGCCCCAAGGUUUCUCCUCCUGAGCGCCUCACUGAGGAUCCCAACGAUCAGACCCCUGGUUCCCCGGGUCCCUGGCUAGUGCCCAGCGAGGAACGGCUCUUGCGCACCCUAGGGGUCCGGGGGGCAGCGCAGCUCGCUCAGGAGAAGGCAGCCGGAAGGCGGAGGCACUGAGCCUACCUGUGACGGCUCGGGGCUCACUAGUUACCGCCCAACCUGGAUCCGGCGCGUGUGGCCGCCCCGCUCUUGGCACCUCCCCAGAGCUUCCACUUGGUCUGGUCCCCCCUCCCGCUCCGCAGUGGCUCUGCCCGCACUCCCCUCUCAGCGUCAGUGGUACAACCCUUCCAGCCCGGCCAGCCUGAACUUCUGGUUCUGGGGCGGGCGGGGGUGUGUGUGUGUAAUAAAAUGGUUCGACCCGG